AUGGACGUGGUGAACCGUCCCUUACCAAAAGAUUUCAUAAAGACAAAAACUAAAUCCGCGCCCGUACUGUGGAUCGCUCGAAACUGCCGUGCAACUAACGGACGGGAAAAGUAUAUCAAGAAGUUGAUGGAAUAUGUAGAUGUACAUAGUUACGGGCCAUGUUUGAACAAUAAACCAUUCCCUUCAGAUAAAUCAAGGUUGAAUUUGAUGAGUGAAUAUAAGUUUUACUUGGCAAUUGAAAACGCCAACUGCGAGGACUAUGUGACGGAGAAGCUUUUUGAUACACUAUCCCAAUCUGCUGUACCUAUCCUUGAUGGUCCACCAAGCUAUGAGGGAUUUUUGCCGACACAGCGUUCUGCAAUCUUUAUGGACGCCUAUCCUGAUCCCAAGGAUUUGGCUGACUAUAUUAAUUUCUUGGAUAAAAAUGAUACAGCCUAUCUUGAAUAUCUAUCUUUUCGUAGAGAUGCAUUAGAUAAAUCUAUCAAAGAUAGAUUAGAUCAAAAGUUUAUUGACAACUGGAGUGAUACUAUGGCAUUCAAUGAAAAAUCAAGUUAUUGCUCUGUUUGCCGUGGUGUGCUACCGUGGUGGGCGUAUAAAAAUGAUCCAACAAAAAGACAAUCAAACGAAACGUUCCAAGAGAAAAAGGACGUAUUUGUAGUCGAUAAUACUUGUGCAAAAAGAGGGAAAUGGGACUACAUAGACAACGGCCCUCCUUAUCACCCCGACUGGACUCCUCGGUCGAGUGAUGAGUUUACUCGGCCAAAUUUCUACGUCAAUUCGACGGAGCAACAGCCUUCUCAUCAUGCACCUACUCAAGUAGCGACAACUGUCGUAUGA